AUGGUGCCAGUCGUCACAGAACAGACAUCCUGGUGGAGCGGCACGUCCUGGUUUGAGGGCGGCGGCAUCGCGGCGCCGCCAGGAUCCCCCACCACCGCCCACGUGGAGCUGCCUGCUGCAGCGGCGGCGGUCCAGCCAACCGAUGGUGGGAUGGUGGCGGUGGGAGGAGCCAAGGCGCAGUCCCGCUUCAAUGGCAAGACCGCCAUCCCCCUCGGCUCGUGCGUGCCCCUGAGCAGCGCUGCCCUCGCGCCGCCCGCCAGCGUGCCGCAGCAGCAGCGGCCCCAGCAGCCAGCCAGCACAACGCUCAGCCUGCCAGCCGCUCCAGCUGCGAGGCACGGAGCGUGGGGCCGGCAGGCGGUGGGGCACACCAUCGAUGGCAGCGUGCCCGCCUCGGCGUCUGGCGGCGUGCUGAUGGGCGAGCACGUGUCCCGCUGGCGGUACGACUGGCACCACCACUCAUGGGUGCUCAAGGGCGCGCAGGCAGCCGAUGCCACCCAGCUCCUGCCCGGCGGCAGCACCGAGAAACACCAGCUGGCUGCACGGCGGUGGGGCGAGGGGCGGGACGCCCUGGGCGCCGCUGCCUCCCGCCAGCAGCCGGCAGGCGGCGCGGGCCUGGCGCCAGCGGUGGCCGCCGCCGCCGCAGCCGCCGCCGCCUCGCCGGCUGCUGCCCCGGCCAAGCGUCCCCGCCUGCGUGCCGCCCUGCUGAGCGGGGACCCAUCUGACGCCGGCUUUGAGGCGGUGGGCGGCCUGCAGCGGCAGAAGGAGGCGCUGAUGGCGGCGGUGGCGUACCCGCUGGCACACCCGCGCCUGUUCUCGGCGCUGGGCGCCAGCGCGGCGCGCGGCGUGCUGCUGCACGGGCCCCCGGGCUCCGGCAAGACGCACCUGGUGCGUGCACUGGCGGCGGAGGCACGCCUGCCGCUCGUGGUGCUCAACGGCGGCGAGGCGGUGGGGGAGGAUGCGGAGCAGAAGCUGCGCCGCGCCUUCAGCGCAGCCAAGUCCCAGCAGCCGUGCAUCCUGUUUCUUGACGAAGCCGACGCGCUGGCGCCCUGCCGACAGCGCAGCGCCUCGGAGCACGAGCGCGCAGCCACCGCGCGCCUGCUGGCGGCGGUGGAUGAGCUGAGGGGCGGCAGGUGCCGCGUGGCGCUGGUGGCGGCCACCAGCCGCAGGCAGGCGCUGGAUGCAGCGCUGCGGCGGGCGGGCAGGCUGGACUCGGAGGUGGCUCUGGGCGCGCUGGACGCGGCGGAGCGGCUGGCGGUGCUGCGCUGCUGCUGCGCCCAGGUGCCGCUGGACGCGGGGGUGGCGCUGGGCGCGCUGGCGGCGCGCCUGCGCGGCUACGUGGCGGCCGACGUGGCGGCGGUGUGCGCAGAGGCGGCGAUGGUGUGCGCCGUGGAGGCGGUACGGGGCGCAGAGGUGGCGGGACGGCUGGCCGCCGUGGAGCGGCCGGAGUUCCUGGCGGGCCUACGGGUCACGGCGGCGCACUUUGACGGCGCGGUGCGGCGGGCGGGGCCCGCGGUGCUGCGGGGUCUGGCCCCAGAGGUGCCCGACACGCGGUUUGAGGAUGUGGGGGGGCUGCAGGAGGUCAAGGAGGCGCUGCGGGAGCUGGUGGAGCUGCCCCUGAGCCACGGCGCACUGCUCAGGGCGUACGGCCUGCCGCCGCCGCGCGGCGCGCUGCUCUACGGCCCCCCCGGCUGCGGCAAGACGCUGCUGGCGCAGGCAGCGGCCUCCCGCUGCGGCGCCAACUUCCUGUCCGUGCGCGGCCCCGAGCUGCUGCAGAAGUGGCUGGGCGAGUCGGAGGCCGCGGUGCGGUCGCUGUUUGAGACCGCCAGGCAGGCCGCCCCCUGCCUCAUCUUCUUCGACGAAAUCGACUCGAUCGCGGGGCGGCGUGGCGGCGGCGGCGGCGGGGCGGCGGCAGGCGAGGCGGCUGCCGCCCGCGUGCUGAACCAGCUGCUGGUGGAGCUGGAUGGGCUGGCAGACCGCGGCGGCGUGUUCCUGCUGGCCGCCACCAACCGGCCCGAGGCUCUGGACCCCGCCCUGCUGCGCCCCGGCCGCCUCGACCGCCUGCUGCGCGUGCCGCUACCCGACGCCGCCGCCCGCGCCUCCAUCCUGGCGUCCCGCCUGGCGCGCUGCCCGCUGGGCGCUGACGUGGACCUGGCUGAGCUGGCGGGGGAGGCCACGCGCGGCAUGAGCGGCGCUGACCUGGCGGAGGUGUGCCGCCGAGCGGGCACAGCAGCCAUCCGGGAGCUGGUGGCGGCGGAGCGCAGCUGGGCGCAGCAGCAGGAGGCGGCAGCGGGCGGCGCCGCGGCGCAGCCCCCGCCGCAGGCGCCGCCGCUGCGGCAGCGCCAUUUGGUGGAGGCGCUGGCGGGCAUGCGGCGGUCGGUGUCGGCGGGGGAGUCGGAGAGGCACGCCCGCAUCGAGCGGCGCCUGCGGGAGGGCAGCCUGACGGAGGAGGAGGCGCAGGAGGAGGGGCCGGGCGGCGGCGGCGGCCAGCAGCGGGAGCGGCAGGCGGUGCUGCGCCGCGUGAUGCAGCAGGCGGUGCAGGGCGGCGUGCAGCGGCAGGUGGGCGCGCUGCAGGAGCGGGUGCGCCAGCUGGAGGCGGCGCUGAGGGGUGCGGGCCUGGCGGUGCCGCCACCCCCCGCCGCUCCCUGA